AUGGUUUGGAGGGUAAAGCAGAGCGAGAGCAAGCCUCAUCAGGUGAGCAACCGAAAGCGGCUAAGACUCCUCAAGCAAGUGCCUCAUCAAAAGGUCAGACAGCCAAAGCAGCUGACCAAAAGCAAGCAAGUGCUUCACCAAAAGGCGGGAGGGCCGUGCAGGCUGCAGAAGGGGCCGAAGCUCAAGGCGAACAAGCUGCAGCAAUCAAGCGCAUCCAGCUGGGCCAACCACAUCUCGCAGAUCCGGCAGGAGAAAGCGCAAGCUCAGUGGAACAGAGAAAACUUUGUUUUCAUGGAAUUCAUCAGGAUCUUCAACGAAGAACGCGAUGAGUUUCAGAAGCAGCGGCGCUUGAAGAGCUUGUUGCGCAAGGGGCAAGCGAAGACUACCUUCACGAUGCUGAAUCGAGGCUACACUGAGGAAGAAGAGGAGUAUGAGGCUGAGGAUGUGGAAUUCCAAGAUGAGUGGCGCAAAAAGUCCAUCGUGGAAGACUAUUGGAAAGCAGAUGACUAUGUCCAGACCUUCAAGAAGUUGCGGAAGGACUUGGAGCAGCAGAAGCCCUGGCCACGCCUGGGCGCGCGGACAGACCGCUUUGUGGACGUGCUCCGCGACGCUGCUGCGGCGGAAGUCUUGGAUCACGAGCGGCCCGUGCUCACGCAUGAGCUGGCAGACUUCGCGAAUCCCUAUAUGAUGAAGAGGAGCGCCGCCGAGCGCUUACUGCACGAGCGUUGCGUGCGGAACGCGCUGGAUGAGCGGGUGAUGCCGCGGCUGCUGGAUGCACAAGCGGAUCUCCUGAGGCUCCGGCGCGAGGCGCCGAUGCCACCCGAGGUGCUGGAGCCCUUGGCCGCCUUCCGCGGCGACGUGCGAUGGAGCUUCGACAGCCGCGAGCGCUUGCGGCAGAAGCUCCGAGGUAUCAACGUAGCACUUGAUGCGAUCAAGAAAGAGGAAGACGUCAUGAGGUGUUUGCCGGAGAACCAGGUGGAGGAUCCAGCUCCUGAUCAGCUUGCUGGAGUCCACCACCCCUGGCGCAACCACUUGGGCUUCGAGUCGGCCGUGCCCAAGGGGACGGCGGGUGGCAUCACCUUCGGACAGCCCGAGAAGUCCCUCUCGCAGCAGCUCGCGCAGAUGCGGUAUCCCACCCUGCAACGGGUGGCGCACACCUUGCCACGCGAUCCCAAAUACCGAUCGCAUGUGGCUCGCUCCAUUCGAGUCCUGGAGAGGAACAGGUAUUGGGACUACCAAUCCAAGUUGAAUGCCAUCAACCGGAUGAAGGAGACCUACGACUAUCUCAAACCCAGUGAGGAAUACACCGAAGCUUUAGAUGAAAAGCUCGUGGUGAACCGUGUGUUUGGCAAAAUCCGACGGAAGUAUGCGCCGGACGCCGAGUAUGUGAAGACCUAUCCGAAGAAUUUCUUGAAAGAAAAGAGCUACUACUGGUACAGGCCCAGUCUGUUUCCUCAAUCAAAGAUCAGCAGCAAGAAGAAGCCGAACCGCUCCUGA